CCUGCACAUCGGAUGUAAACAUUGACAGUCUCGCACGCCAGAAAAGCCGAAACCACAAAAUCUCUUCAGAAGUUAAUUUACUUGCUGACAGAACAACAAGAGACGGUGGGAGAAGGAAAAGGUCAUAUAUUUCCGUAAGCGAAGGCAAGUACAAGCAUUUAUCACUGAAAUGAAUGGUAGUGAAGAACAAGUCUUCUGGAAGGCUGAGAAUUUUUAUCGACCCCCUCCACAGCUACCAUUUGCAGUGAUUCUGUUGAAUGAGUCUAUUGACUCCUCAGAUAUCCAGUUUGUGCAUCAGCUGUGGCAGAAAGCCCAUGUUCGCAUGUGUGUAGAUGGGGGUACCAACCUGUACCAUUACCUAAUAAGAAAUGGUCCUCAGGUGACUAACGCUACCAACUCAGAUCCACCAAAGUGUCCUCUGCCAGAUCUGAUAACAGGAGAUUUUGAUUCCAUAGAGUCAGAGGUGCUGAAACUUUAUCAGAAUGAAAAUGUUACUGUUAUCAACACACCUGACCAAGAUGAAACAGAUUUCACAAAGGCAGUCAGAGUGUUGGGGAAGUACAUUUUAGAAAGAAACUUGAUGGUUGAUCAAGUGUUGGUUAUUGCAGGGGUUCAUAGUGAGAGAUUUGAUCACAUUAUGGCCAAUUUGGCCACACUUUUUAAGGUGGACAAGUUAAUUCCUGUGCCAGUCAUCAUGUUGUGUAAAGGAAGCCUGAUAUGGCUUCUGAGUCCUGGCGACCACAGAAUAGAGGUUGCGAAGGAUGUGAUUCUGAACUCUCAGAGAGCAUGGUGUGGCCUGAUACCCCUUGGCCAUCCAGCUAUUGUCACAACUUCGGGUUUGAAGUGGAAUCUGGAUAAUCGUGAACUGAGUUUCAGCUCAUUGGUAAGCACCUCAAACACCUAUGACCCCAAGUGCAGCAGUGUCAGCAUCAGCACGUCACACCCUCUGAUUUGGACAAUGGGUAUUGAGGCUAAUCCAGAACGGGUAUCCUCCCACUUUUCCAAAGAAACCUGCAUUAAUGGUGAUGCUGUGCAAGGUGUGGAUAAGGAUCAAGUUUGCCAAAAUCUGGAAAAUGAAAGUCGGUGAUUUUCUCUGUCAUAGAAAGUUAGAUUGGUUGAAUUUUAUGGAUUUUACUUUGAUUUAGCAUAGGUACUGUUAAAUGAUAAUAGAUAUUUUAACAUUAUGACUAAGUGCAUUUGUAAAUUAUGAAUGUAUUUGUGGAUCUCCCAAGUCCAUUUUUGAGAUAAUUUUGCACCUGAUCACAAAAGAAGUUGUAUAAUACAUGCCAUUUGAUAAAAGUAUUAAUACAUACAAGCAUUCAUAUAUGGUAAUAACAUAUAAAAAAAAAAACCUUGUAUACGUGAGGAAACUUGGUUGUGUUUUAACAGGAAUUUCUUGUAUAGGUAUGAGUUACGGUUUCAUCAGACAAAUGUGUUUUAUAAAAUGUCUGUAAACUACUCAAACUCAGAUGCAUUUUUAUUUAGAAACUCAGUGAUAUUCUCUUGUACUCAAUUUAUUUAUCAUGUGGAACACUUAGUACAAAAAGAUUACUUAGAAAUAAUAGAAAUAAUAUUUUUAAGCUACUAGAAAUAUUGUUUUGAUUUAUUUAGUAAAUGUCAUAUUGUUUGUUAGGAAAUUGAUUUAGUGCAACUAGAAUACUUAAAAAUGAUACAGAUCUGGGGUCAGCUUUGUAUACGGGAAGCAGGUUUGGUUGGCCAGUCACUCGCUGUCAUAUGACUGGUAGUUAUCUCAUAGCACCUAAUAUUCAGACACUUGAUUGACUGUAACUAUUGUAUGUAUUAUUGAGACAUGCUGUUGCUUAACCCGCUGAUGUCAGGAUGACAUGUAUAAAUGCCCUAUUCACCAUGA